UUUAAUUUUCUUUAUUCCAAUUCGAUUUUGUUAUUCAAAAAUCAAAUAUUAAAUCUGAAAAAAUGGUUAUCACUCUGAGAGACAUUGAAUGGACACAGACACUGGAUAGUGUUAUUAUCCGUGUUAUUUUCCACGGGAAAUUGGAACACAAAAAAUUAGACAUCUUCACCCAUAGAGAAUUUGUAAAAAUCCAUUCACCGCCCUUUUAUAGAGAAAUAUUUCUUAUGCAUCCAAUUGAUGAAGGUCAGAGCAAGUGUCGCGUCCUGGACAAUGAGAUGAGAUUUACAUUGAAAAAGCUGGAGCCACAGAAUUGGGAAAAUCUUGAGAAAGAAAUGGAAAAAACUGUGAAAAUUCAAAUGAAAGAAUCCUUUGUAACGGACUCCCAUGUGCAACAUGAAGCGGAAGUGAAGGAAAAGAUUGAGAAAAAAGCUGUAAUAAGGCGGAAGGAUAUAGAGAAGGUGAUUGCCCAUGAGUCAGAUAUGAGAAAACAGAUAGAGGAAAUCAAUAAGGAGAUUUGUAGGGAGGAAAAUGCAAAAAUUGAGAAAUUGAGAGUUCUUCCAUCUCCUACAGCUAAGAGACUUCCAGAAAAACCCAAGGCACCAGUUAAUAUCGUCCCGGAAGUCCGUCAACAAGGGAAUAUUGUUGUUAAUUUCACAGAAAGGCGAUUUCCCACGCCAAAACGCGAAUCUCAGGAUCAUCUGGAGCAGGAAUGGUUUAAAAAGCAACAUGAAGCACGAAAAGUUGUUGGAUUUGUGGAAGAAGAUCUCAGGCCAGAGGAAAAAAAUCCGCAGUGGUUGAAAGAUAAAGCUUCAGAUUUCUUCUACAAGAAAAACUAUCUGGGAGCCAUUUCUGCACUUACAACAGCCAUUCAGCUCACUCCUGACUGCUACGACCUCUUCCUGGAACGUUCAGCUAGUCAUCUGGCUAUUGGGAAUUUCCAGCGCUGCAUUGAGGACUGCUCCAGGGCCUAUGAAUUACUAUCGCCAGCUGUCGAUUCAAAUCUGCCAGCACGAAUCCAAUGCUUAGCUCGACGAGGUGCUGCUCUCUGCAAGAUUGGCUUCAUGCGUCAGGGUUUGGAUGAACUUCAAGCUGCUUUGAAGCUCUCACCUGGAAAUGAGGAUCUCCAGAAUGAUGUGAAAAUGAUUGAAGAGAGACUCCUACAGGAUUCUGAUACAGAUUCCAAUUAGAAAAUUUGUAGGAAAGAAAAAAAAACAUUUUCUAUCAAAUAUUUUUAUUGUUCAGUAUUAAUUUGCAGGCAGAGAAUAAAUUUUUCCG